AUGUACUCCUGGACAUUUGUCUGCGUUCUGGCUAUUCUAUCGGGGACCAGUCGAGUGCAAGCACUUCUAGUCUUUCCUGAAAACUCUCUGAUGCAACGGGAAUUUGAUCCCAGGGUGGUCAAGGAUGCAAUGGGGUUCAUGCCAAAUGAUAUAUCGAGUGUUGAGGGACCAAGGAUGUCCGAUUUCUAUUCUUCACUUUCAAAGGGAGAGGAUGUGCUGCUGGAUGUGGAGGAAGGAGCCCGGCGCAAAGCUAAUGCAGAGGGAUUCCGAGUCAGUGGCAAUCUGGUUGAUGACAUGAACGUCCUCUUGUGGAAGCUUGGGGCCGCUCAACAUCUUCAGAAUCGCAGAUUCAAAAAAUCUGACCAGGUUGCUCAGAAGUCCAGUAAGAGAACCUGUUUCUGGAAGUACUGUGUCACUAACUGAUGGAUUCCGUGAUGGGUCAACUUACAGCAGCUCAGCUAUUGGUGACUCAACUCAAUCUCACUCAAUAUUCCUAACCAAUAUUCUCCUUAUCUUAACAUGGGCUCCACUGUAAAGAAGUGUAAAUAGUUUUGUUAGUAAAUAUCAAGAAUUA